AUGUCGCCACGCUGCCAUAGCGAAGUACUUUGGCGAUGUCACCCCACCUUGUAACAAGUGCUGUGAUUACUGCAAGAACCCGGGGGCAGUGAAAAGACAACUGGAGUCACUGGAGCGCUGCAGCAACAGCUGGAGCAAAACCUGCAUUGGCCCUGCAGGUUCCUCCUGGGAUAGCUAUGACCCAGAGCUGUAUGAAGGCGGGAGGAGAGGUUGCAGAGGUUUUAGCAGGUAUGAUGAAGAAAGCAGUGGGAAUGGGGACGAAGCUGAUGAAGAGAGUCGGAAACGGGAAUGGAACAACUUCUACAAAAAGCAGAUGAGUCUGCGCAAAGGCAAAGAACCAGAAAAGGAAGAUUUUGUUCCUCCAAGUGCAGACUGUCCCUUGAAGGAUGCCUUCAGCAGGAGAAUCUCUAAGCUCACAGUGAAGGGACGGGAACACUGCUUGAAGAUGCUGGAAGAAGCUUUGAGCACCAAUCAAGAGGUUCCAGCAGCAGGAGGAAAAGGGUCAGAUCCUCAUGCCUGUGCUGUGGAGCUGGAGUACGAAGCUUUCCGAACCAGUAAAAUGGCUAACUCAUACAAGGCAACUGUACUGAAGAAGGUAGCAGAAAUCAACAAAGCCUCAAAACAAGGAGAGUUGUUCUCAGUCUUUGGGUCUGGAACUGGUGGCAAGAGCACCUUGGAAACAAAAUCUGGGUCUCCAGCAGAAGAGGACUUCCUGCCUGCCUCCCAGGUUUACUCGUUCAAACCCAAGCGUGUGGGAGCAGGAUUUCCAAAGAAAUCCAGCUUGUUCCAGACUGCUUCAGAACUGCUGAAGAUCCAGGAGGAGAGCAAUGCAAAGCCUGUCAAAAAAGGAGGAGAUUGUCCAAAUAGGCAAGAUGACAGCAACUGCAGUCUGGAACUGGACCUCAGAAACCCUGUUCUCCAGAAGAAAGAAGUAGCAACCAAAGCAAAGCGUGAGAGUGCUGGGGAAGUACUCCUUGCUGAAAAGAAGGGACAGCAACCAAGUCCAGACACAAAAGCUGUCCUUUGGGAGAGCCCUACUAAGAAGUCCAAACCUAGCAAGAAGCAGCAAAUGCUCGCAGAAGCAGCUAAAAAAGAAUCACAGGAUAUUUCCAAAUUCUUUUCCUUCCCCAAAGGUGGGUCUAAAGCCAAAAAUUGCAGCUCAGCAAAGGAAGAUGUCUGUUCUGCAAGCACGCUACCUCAGGUUUCUUCUCAAAGAAUGUGUCGAGAGAAACUCAUACCUCAGGAAAACAAAGAUGUCUCUGGAGAAGAUGUGAGUGGACAGUCCCAGGCAGAGGAUGAAGAACUGGGAGAGAGAGAAGUAACACUGACCGAGAGAGAGGAGAAUUUUAAGACCCAGCAGGCUGCUGAAUCUGAACUCUUUCAGGAAGAAAUUGAUGUAAAAUCCAGCGUUGCUGAAAAUGUUGCAGAAACUGAGCUAACUGUUGUUGGGGAAGGUGAGAGUGGGAAACGACCAGGAUCAGAUGAGGAUAUGGAAAGUCCUGCAACAAAGCGCCUACGAACAGUGGCAAAAUCUUCUAUUCUGUCCCAGCCAGAAAGCAAAAGUGUUGGUCCAACAAAGAAGAAGGUGACAUUUGAUCCAAACUUAUCACAGUGUGAUAAAGAAGGAACCAGCAGGACCGUACAGCCAGUGACCAAAGGCAUGUCCCUCAAAGAGACAGCAGACAUCGUUGUCAAAUAUUUGACCCCAUUCUACAAGGGUGGCAAAUUUGCUUCCAAGGAUCUGUUUAAGGGCUUUGCUCGGCACCUGUCUCACUUACUGACUGAAGAGCAGAACCCUGCCCGCAAGACUGUGAAGGAGGAAGCACAGAGACUCAUCAAGGAGUUCUUCAAAACAAGGGUCAGGUGUGAGAGUGAGACAGACUGGCAGGAGCUGCAGAGCUCAGAACGCUGA